AUGGCGACGACACAACAGCCCCCACUGCGAUUUACAUCGCAUCAUAAUCUGCUCAACCGUUUGGUUCUAUCGACCCUCACUGGCCGCACCGUGCACAUCUCCCAAAUCCGCUCGUCCUCGCCCACGAACCCCGGUCUGGCACCGCAUGAGAUUUCUUUCCUGCGUCUGCUGGAAGCCGUCACAAAUGGCACACAAAUGGAAAUCUCCUACACAGGUACAAUCCUGGUGUACAAGCCCGGCCUGAUCACUGGUAGCUCGACCGCCUCCGGUGCGAGCGGAACUGGUAACAGUGCCGCCGGUGGCUUCAUUCGACAAGAACUUCCUUCCAACUGCACCCGCGGUCUGAGCUACUACCUGAUCCCGCUCUGCCUGCUCGCUCCUUUCGCCAAGUCGCCGAUGAAGGUGCUUUUCACCGGUCCCGGUGUCAUUACCUCCUCCACCCCGACGGGUGAUAUGUCCGUCGACAGCGUUCGAACCGCCAUCCUCCCGCUUUUCAACCAAUUCGGCAUGUUCAACAAUGUCGAGCUCCGGAUCUUGCGCAGAUCCAACCCCGGUCCCAAUGGUCGUGGCGGUGGUGGUGAGGUACAAUUCCAGUUUGGUCACCAGGUCCGCUUGCCCAAGACUCUGCAUUUGAUGAAUCCCGGCCGUAUAAAGCGCAUCCGCGGUGUCGCAUACUCUGUCGGUGUGUCGGGUUCCAAUAACGCCCGCAUGAUCGAGGUUGCUCGUGGUGUUCUCAACCCGUUGAGCCCGGAUACUUAUAUCUUCUCCGACGUCGCGUCUGCGCCGCUGCUGCCGGCCCCGGAUAAGAACAACCCCAACGCUAAGAGAAAGAUCGGUCUUGGUUUCGGUCUUUCAUUGGUCGCCGAGUCCUCGACCGGCUGUCUCUUCUCAGCGGAUGUCGCCUCCCCCCUCUGGAGGCGAACCGCCCGAGGAUAUUGGACGGAACUCCUGGAAACUGUCUCCAAGGGCGGCUGUGUGGCACCCGCAGCCGCGAGCACGAUGCUGACACUCAUGACCAUGGGUUCGGAGGAUGUUGGUCGUCUGCAGAUUGGCCGGGAGGUUAUCGCCGACCCUAGUGUGAUCCAGCUUGCUCGCGAUCUGUCCAAGUUUGGUACGCCCGGAUGGGGAAUUCGGGACGCGGCGGGCGAGAAUGAGAACGGCGAUGUGAUUGUCAGUGUGGUGGGCCGUGGAAUUGGUAACGUCGGCCGAAAGGUGGCGUAG